AUGUUACCCGCUCUGGCACGAUUCGGAAUCCGAGGAACACGGACGCUUCGGCCGACACGAUGCUGUGAAUACUCGACCGAGGUGGCGGCCGGGCAGUCCGAGCCAACAAGCGUACCGAAGACGACUCAUUACCGGGUGACCUUGUUCCGCUCGCCGAUUGGACUUCCCAAGCGGAGACACGACUCGUUGGUCUCGCUCGGCCUUCGCAGACGAAUGGACGUCUCCUACCAUCGCCAUUCCCCCGACGCAGCCGGCCUCAUCCUCAGCGUUAAGGAACUCUUGAAGGUCGAGAACGUCACCGAAGAGGAAGUCGAAUUGGGCAAGCAAAGUAGUCGCAAGUUGGUCGCCGACGAUCGUGGUUAUCGGCUCAUACGAAACGUUUUGGAACGAGAUUGA